AUGGAUGAGAUCCUCGGUCCCUUGCAGGAUAUUUUCGAGGGCCAAAUAGACUUCCAUGGCCAGUGGCUUGCUGAAAUAUUAACAAACGUGCUACUAGUCGUCUUCGGUGCCAUCGGGUUCAUCGCCGGUUAUAUCUACCAAGAUGUCUUCGUAACAGUCUUGAUCGGGGCGGUUGGAGUGCUAGUAACGAUAUUUGUAGUCGUGCCGCCGUGGCCAAUCUAUAAUAAGCACCCAGAACCCUGGCUGGUCCCGGGUCUGGGAGGGGUGCGAGGGGGUGGGAUUGUGGUAGGGGAUGCUAAAGUGCGCUGA